GCGGUCAUUUAGAGGGUCUAGCAUCAGUCUAUUGUGAGUUGUUAAUGGCUCCCUUUGGAGAUAUUUUAAGUGCUUUAGAAAUCGCGCGUCAAGCGGCGUGGGCGGAACGAAGUCCCUUGAAUCCAGCCGGUGGCAGUGGGAGUAGCGGUAGUGGCAGUGGCGUCAGUGGCAUUGGUGGCCCCAGCGCCAGCACACACCACCGGCAUCACGGUCAUCGGGGCUAUUCGAGCCAAGGUGGCCUACCAAAUAGUCAUAGUCAGCCAAUUUAUGUGCCAGGAAAAUAUUCGCCCUCGAGUUGUCUGUCGGACAAGGAGGAGGACGAAAUCUAUGGUUUUGGUUAUGGUGUUUUUGCGCCGCGUGUUGCACGUGGCGGCCUCACACAGCAGCAGCAACUACUGCAACAGCAUACAUUGCAGCAGCAACAACACCAGCAGCAACAGGCGCAAGUGCAACAACAGCAGCAGCAGCAAUUACCAUUAGUGCCAGGUAGCCAACAACAUUUGCAGCAGCAGCACCAGCAACAACAACUCCACCACCAUCAAGCACUGCAAGCCCAUCAAACUCUCCCGCCAAAUGUAGCGCACUUGAAUUUUCUGCAACAAAAUUGCUUAAGUCCAAGAUCAGCGUAUUUCUACGAAUUUCCACCUAAUGCAGAAGGUCGUGAGACCAAGAAACGUACCACCUUAGCGAGACUUUUGAAAGGUCUGAAAACUGUAAAUCGACGGGAUCGUAACAAUCAACAAACUGCCGCACAAGUGAGGGCGGCGAAUGAACGACUGAGACAUUUUCAAACAAUGAACGGAGGACAACACCAAAGUUUUGAAGAGACAAUCCAUAGGCUUAAAGUACAAGAAGCGAUGCGCAAAAAAGAGAAAUUCCAACGGGAACACGAAGAGAUUUUGCGUGACAUACGGCAAGGUUUACUUCAAAUGAGUCGUGAGGGCCGAAUAGACGACACCUAUAUGUACGAUGAUGCACUACGUGGGCCACAUUAUGCAGUCAGCGGCCUGCAUCAUCAGGGGCAUUGGUAUGACGAACCGCCAUAUGAAAGUGAUCCAGAUGACUUCCUCAUGUCCGGCAUCAAUUGUGGACCUGCUGCUACAAUACAGGGUGGUCGUGUUCGUUUCACCUCGAAUCGUGAGAGUGUUGGAGUAAUUUCAUUAAGAUCCGCCGGAGAUAUUUCACUGCCACAACGAGGACCGCCUAGGCGUGGGCUUAUCGUGCCACAGCAGCCGCCAAAUCCACCGACAAUAAUACCGUUGACGCAUGCCAGGUCUCAUGAUCGCGAAAGCGGUGACUACGCGGGCUCAAUAUCGGAUCUCCAAAGUGUCACCUCACGUUUGAGUGCUGUGUCGAUCGGCACCAACAACUGCACCGCCCGCUAUCGGACACUGAGUGGCGGCAUGGGUCAGUCACCAUCACUCUCGCCCAGCCCAUCAUCCGAUUAUGAGGAUAUUGCGGCAACGCGCGGUCUACCGCCUAGUCUGGCGGCGAAGAGUAAAAAGAACGGCGUUCCGCACAAAGCCAACACCAUCAGCCAGAAAGCCACAGUGCAUCAUUCGAACGAAAUGCGAAACUCACCAAAGGAAAUUGGCGUAUUUAAUGAGAACGGAAGGAACUUUGUAGCCACAAAGGAUACUUCGAGGGAUUUCAGUAAUUCGCAAGAUAAUACAGACCGUGGCAGCAUGAGCGACCAGGCCUUUGCAUGCUCAGCAAGUUCGGUGGAAAGUUUACCCAGCGCUUCCGGUUCAAGUACCCAAGCAUUGGUGCGACCAGGCAGCCCGCAAAGCUCCAUCUCCACUGAGGAUCGCACUUCGUUAGCGCCAAUUUGCAAAGCCAAAGCACUUGUCGAUAGUAUGCCGAAUCCGUACGACAAGGACGCCCUAAAAUUUAAGAAAGGUGAUAUAAUCGAUGUGCUGUCAAUGAAUGCAUCUGGAAUCUGGAAAGGUCGUUGUCACGGCCGUGUCGGACACUUUAAAUUCAUCAAUGUUGAAGUGUUGCCCGAACAACGUUUGAAGUCAUCGAAUAGCAAAAAUCUCUGUGCCGGUGGUUUGGGUAUCGGCGGCGUAGUAGGCGGAGUUGGUAUGAGUAGUGGCGCCAGCAUGCGACACGCAAGCAACAACGGUCCCAGUUCAGUGGAAGACUUACUCUUUCGGAUUGGACUGAAGGAGUACACGUCGGUCUUCGUUUUGAAUGGUUACGAGGACCUUGAACUUUUCAAGGAGUUGGAGCCAGCCGAUUUGGACUACUUGGGAAUUGUAAAUCAGGAGCAUCGCGCCAAAUUGCUGACUGCUGUGCAGUUGUUACAUGACAUUGAAUGUUCAGAUGGUGAUAUCGCCGGUUCCAGUUCGGAGAAUGACGAGACUCGCUUGAAUAACAUUAAUAAAAAGCACGGCGCAUCACCGUUCGGACGUCGUCAUUUUCCACGCGAUUCGGGCUGUUACGAAGGCUCGCCUGUGCCCACCUCACAGACACCCACCCAGAAUAUACCCUCCACCGAUGAGUCGAAUAGCUUGGACGAUGUUGUUACCAAAUGUUCCAGUGAGAUUAUGAAACGGGUCGAGAGCGCUCGUCGCCAAAAGGAGAAUCCCUUUAAAGCCGGCCUAUCGGCACGUGUCGGCAAGAAGGCGCUAUUGGGCAGUAGUCUAUUGAGCGAAGACACGUUGACACGCGGCGGUGGUCUUAGCGAGAAGUCAAGCGACUCGGGCGUCAGCAGUAGUUCGCUGUCUUCGGGACCGAUGAAGAAUAGCACUUAA